UUUAAUAACCUAUUUUACAAUUACAGUUAAAAUAAAAGUUUCUUUUAAUUAAAUUCUACUUAAAGAUAUAAAACCGAUUCUAUUUCCAAGCAAACCUACAACCAUUUAUAAGAUUUACAGCAGUGCUAUACCUAUUUACAGCAUAUGAUGGAUUUACAAAUGUCCACCUUUACAAAAAUUAUAUAGAGAAAACAGCAGAACACAUUCUGUGUCACUGUGAUAGUCUUGCCAGACUCAGACUUCUGUACUUAUCAACUGCCUAUCCACUUAUAACGGAAUUAGACAACAUCCCAAAGCAUAUAAUGGCGUUCUUAUCCGCUACUCGUCUACGGAUCUAAAGUGGGUGUGUCACAAUAAUUCUCUAAGGAUGCAGCGACGUGGUGACAAUUUCCCAACCCAUUUAAAAUCUGUCUAUCUAUCUAUAUUGCGUUUCUUACUUUAAAGAUAUAUUAUGAAGCUUUGACAAUAGAUCUAAUUGUUAUAUUGAUGCCAUUACAGUAUUUAUGUAUUGGAGGGUCUUUUAGCGCAAAAAAAAUUCUAAGACAUAUGUUCAGACCAGCUUUAAAAUGACUUUAUACAGAAAAACGCUUUGGAAUAUCAAGUCGAAAGAUUUAUAAAGAAAUCCUAAGACCAAGCGCUUAUCUAAACACAUACUGACGCUUUUUAACAUCAUCGACUCACAACCGGACACUACUCUCUUCUUUGAUAAAGUUAUCCUCCAUCACUAACGGCAGUUGUACCAAAAUUCGCAGAAUUAAAAAUACAAAACUUGCUGAUAUGUUAUCAGUGAAGUUAGAUAACAAGUUCACGCGACUAUUAAGUGAAGAUACCCUAAUUAUAGAUGACCAUUUUUGAAAUAUUAAAGGUUGUUUUAAAUCAAGGUUAUUUUUCAGCUAGAAAUAUCUCUAUCACUCUCUGCCACGGUAAAUAUUAAACAUGCAUUCCCUAACAUACGAUUUUUGUUUUUUGUUCUAUGGACCACGGGAUAAUUUCUAGACUUUAUUUUCUUAAAGUUAGAAACAUUAUUUGCAAUUUAAUCCAAUUAAGUUUAACAUUGUCUUUUCUAAUAUGAAAGUUAACUAGAAAGUCGUGUCAGAAGUCGUUAUGUACCAAACAAAAUUACAGUCCAAAGUUAUGACAAAUGUUUUUCAUUCCUCAAAUUUUCUGUGCAAUGAACCAUAAACAACCAAUAGCUUCAAUCCAUUUAUAUAUAAAAUUAAAUAUUUAGUUGUUUUUCUAUAUGUAAAUAACAAUACCAAGCGGACGUAUAAACGAAGAAAAUGAAAUUGACAGUCUGUUUAGUCAUAUUUUGCUGUACUCAGUAUGUACCAGUGGAGUCAUGGGUAAGUUGUUAAGUCCAAUUUAAAAAUCAAUUAAUGGAAUUUAAAAUAAUAUUAAUAAUAUUCCCCAAAUCUAUUAGCGCUCAUUUAGAAUAAGACUUGCGGCCAUAAAAUGUGUUCAACAUUCUUAUUAUGCUGCCCAUUUAAACUGUUCACUAUCGAGAAUGAAUAAGUAUUUGGAAGGAAUUAAUAUGAACAUAAAGUUUGGUGGCAUGAUACAGAAACCCAAACUAAUGUUGACCCUAUACAGUGUCAAAAACGACCAACCGGACUUUAUUAUAGUAAAUGUAACAAAUAUCGAUGGUUGCCAGUUUCUGGAAGGUAAUGGCGGACUCUUAAAUUUACUACAAAUAAUACGAAAACAGUUUGCAAAAUAUUCCAAUAUACCAAAAAGAUGUCCAGUGGCAAAGCAUACAGAAAUUUAUGUUAAGGACUUGCAUUUAGAAGCAGACAGCUUUCCGCCUUAUAUGCCAGAAUCAAAAUACAACAUUGAGGUCAAAUUGUGGGAGCAAACUACGCCCGUUCUCGAGCUGCUAAUAAAUGGUACCGUUGAGUAUAAAAAUCGCAGAACAUUUUAAUAUCAUACUAUUAUUUAUAUUUGACAAUGUCAUUUAAUAAUA